ACCUCAAAAAAUACACAUCUCAUUCCUGGUUGGGAUGGGGCUAGACUCUGCUUGAAAGUAGAAACUUAAUAGAUGAACAAUCAAUAAAAUCAAUCAAGAGGAUGUCCUGUAGAUACAUAUAGAUUGUCUUUUGGCCCUUGGCUGGCUUGGACCUCCCUAAAGAAAACAACAACAACAACAAAACCCUCAACUCCAGGAUAUGCAGCAAUUCAUUUGAAUAAAGAAUUAGUUUGGGGAACCUCUUUGGGGGAUCCAUAUGUUAGGCUCUCAAAUGGACCCAAAUCAGCCAGCAGGAUCAGGACUUUGGUUUACUGAAGUGUUUGUCUCCUGGUAUCUGACGGUAUUUCAGGCACCGAGAUUCAGAAGUUCUUUCUGAUCUUCUGUUUAGAGGGGGUACAUUCUCCUCACUGCUCUGAUACCUUACAUCUAGUAUACUUUAAGCUGAGUUCCCUCGAUUCACUGCCACAGAAAGUUUGGUUUAAGAGGAAAUUGGUCACAUUCUUUUAGUGCCGAAGUUAGAUUCUUGGAACCCCCAUCUGAAUUAUUGAGUGAGUGAACUCACCAUCCUAAACGAUAAUUAAGUGGGGAGGGCUGCCUAUUAGCCUGCAUGCCAGCCUCCUGACAUUUCUCCCAAGGACAUGGCCUUGGGGAACUUCUACCUCUUCUACGUUUUGCUUCAUUCCAUAAGCAGUGUAAGUCUGACCAGGAACCUAACAAGAAGAGUCUGCUACUGAUCUAGUUUUGGGACUUUAAAGAUGACUGCAAGGGUUAAGUGCAGGAUCCUUUCUGUCUGUCUUGCAGGGGAUGGCUUUUCUCUAAUCUUCACAGAAAUCCAGAUUGAACUAGGUCAAAUUAGACCUCCUGGGAGGGGGCAGAAGGGAGUGUAGCCCUAUUACCUGCUGUUCACCUGAAUAGCAACAGCAGGUGAUAGAGAAGCCAAGGUUGGAGUGGAAUGGAACUCCUUAGUUAAGUUAAAUGAGUCUUUGACUGGCUUUUCUUUCCUUCUGAAAUAUUGUUUGAUGGGUUUGGGUUGGGGGGACCAGAUGGGUUCCUUAUCCAGGUCUAGGGUGGAUAGUGACAUUCUGUCUCUUCUUUAGACCCUUCAUCAUGCUCCAUCUAGAAUAGGGUUUCUCAUCCUUAGCAUUAUUGACACUUUGGGCCAGAUGCGGCUUUGUUGUGGGAGGCUGUCCUGUGCAUUAUAGGGUGUUUAGCAGCCUCCAUCACUUUUACUCACACUAGUAGCACCCUCCUUACCACCCCCAUCCCCCAGUUACGACAAUCUAAAAUGACUCCAGACAUUGUUGAAUGUCCCCUGGGGGACAAAAUCGCCCCUGGUUGAGAACCACUGACCUACAAGUUGUGACAAUCCUGGCACUUUGAUCUAGCUGAGGACCUAGGACUUAAAGGUGGCUGUUUUCCCCUUAAAUCUAGGGAGUUAGCCCUAACGGUUGAGGCCUGCUGUAGAAUUGCAUCCAUUGAUACAUAAUUAGGGCCACAGUGCUUUGCUGUAUUCAUUUUCCAGUAACCAGGUACGUGGGGACAAUAUUUCUUAAUUUCCCAGAGUUUGUAGUCAGGACACUGAAUUAGGGAGCUCUGGAGCAACCUGCUUUUCUGAUUGGUUGAAUGUGAAACCUGCCUAUCUGUUUUUUUCUGGUAUCCUCAUAAUCAACAGCUGACCAAGGGGAACAGGUGGGAUAGGGAACAAGAAGAAGUUGUAGGGGCUCCAAGGAGGCUGAGUCUUCUCAUAUUGCCUGCUAUGAGCAAGAAGUUAUUUUUUUUCAGUCCCCUCCAUUUGUACCCUGUGACUGCAGCAGGUGAAACGAGAGGAAGAGACAAGGAAAACCAGCUAAUAGUUGAAUAGUAUAGUGGGGAUUGCAGCUGCUGAGUGGGAAUUCUGGAAAGCAUUGCGCACCUGAGCCCCCAGCAUGGCGGGCCUAAAGCGGCGGCGGGCAAGCCAGGUGUGGCCAGAAGAGCAUGGUGAGCAGGAGCACGGGCUGUACAGCCUGCACCGCAUGUUUGACAUCGUGGGCACCCACCUGACACACAGAGAUGUGCGCGUUCUUUCCUUCCUGUUCGUUGAUGUCAUUGAUGACCACGAGCGUGGCCUCAUCCGAAAUGGACGUGACUUCUUAUUGGCGCUGGAGCGCCAGGGCCGCUGUGAUGAGAGUAACUUCCGCCAGGUGCUGCAGCUGCUGCGCAUCAUCACUCGCCAUGACCUGCUGCCCUACGUCACCCUCAAGAGGAGACGGGCUGUGUGCCCUGAUCUUGUAGACAAGUAUCUGGAGGAAACAUCAAUUCGCUAUGUGACACCCAGAGCCCUCAGUGAUUCAGAACCGAGGCCCCCCCACCCCCCUAAAACAGUGCCUCCCCACUAUCCUGUGGUGUGCUGCCCCACUUCGGGCCCUCAGAUGUGUAGCAAGCGGCCAGCUCGAGGGAGAGCCACACUUGGGAGCCAGCGAAAACGCCGGAAGUCAGUGACACCAGAUCCCAAGGAAAAGCAGACAUGCGACAUCAGACUGCGGGUUCGGGCUGAAUACUGCCAGCAUGAGACUGCUCUGCAGGGCAAUGUCUUCUCUAACAAGCAGGACCCACUUGAGCGCCAGUUUGAGCGCUUUAACCAGGCCAACACCAUCCUCAAGUCCCGGGACCUGGGCUCCAUCAUCUGUGACAUCAAGUUCUCUGAGCUCACCUACCUCGACGCAUUCUGGCGCGACUACAUCAAUGGGUCAUUACUAGAGGCACUUAAAGGUGUCUUCAUCACAGACUCCCUCAAGCAGGCUGUGGGCCAUGAAGCUAUCAAGCUGCUGGUCAAUGUGGACGAGGAGGACUAUGAGCUGGGCCGACAGAAACUCCUGAGGAACUUGAUGCUGCAAGCAUUGCCCUGACCUUUUCCCCCUUCUCACUUCUCUGGGGACUGUUCCCACCCACCUCUGGAGCUUACAUACUGUUCUGGGGUUUGUUCUCUACCCUUCCAACCAAUCACACCCCUGCCUUUUUUUUUUUUUU